AUGGCACCCAACAAACCGCCCGCUAUGAAAAGCGACCUGUCAUUUCUGGUCUCCUAUGACACGACCAGCAAGGUGGAAAGCUUCCUCGACAAGCUUCUUCCGGCAGGAAAAGAAUAUGAAAGGAUGGACCUGAUCACCCAUGACUGGCGAGCCUCUUUCAAAUCAAAAAUGAAGAAGAAUAACGUGGGCGAGAACAGCAUGGGCGAGAACAACACUGAGGGGAACAACACGCAGGAGAACAACACCAAGCAGAAGCACAAUACCAGCCAGUCCGGCCGCGUCGGCCACUCCAUCCUCCGCCUCAUCUCCUUCACCACUGCCAUCGCCGGCCGUCAACCCGGCUCCUACGACGUAGCAUCAAAACCCGGCAUAACCGGCACAUGGAUCAAAACAAUCUACCGCCACGGCCGUCCACCCUUCCUCUAUCUCGAAAGCAGGCUCAGGAACAUGCGAAAAACCCUGCGUGAUCUCACCAACAUGCUCAGCGACGCGGACGACAGACUCCGCUACCUGUCCGAGGUGAUCAGCCUCCUCCAGUCUCUCCACCCUACGCCAGAGACAGGCUGA